GGAGGGCUGCCUCUCAUCUCUCCGCUGUUAUCACCAUCCUUCGCUCUCCCUCCUCUCCUCCUCUGCAGCCAUGGAGCUCCAGCAGGCUGAAUCACAACAGCGUCUGCAGAAAGGGCUGAGCAGGUAGAUGUGUGCAUGUUUGGUGCUCCUGUGGGCCAACAUGGAGCGCAGGUGUCUGAGAAGAUGGGUAGCGGGCUCUGCUGUAGUGUUCCUCCACACACUGGCCUUAUCCUGGACAGGUGCUAUUGAGCCCGCCCCCACGAUUGACGGACGGCACCAGGCAGCUCUAACCCUGAAGGAAAACAUGACACACCGGUUCAACUGCCAGUCAGAUGGCUGGGAUCCCCGUGCCCCUCCUCUUCUGACCUGGUACCUGAACGGACAGCAGCAGAGAGCGCCUUCACCCAACCGUGGGCGCCUGGUGAUGACACCAAAGGAAGAUUCUGAUGUCAUAAGACCAGGGACCACUCACAACAGUACCUUCUCUCUGCGGGCCAGGAAGUGGGACAGGGAGUUGGUGUGUGUGGCAUCAAACCCCAGGACUGGAGAGAGCUACAAUGCCACAGUCACACUCAAUGUCCAGUUUCAGCCAGAGAUCCUCAGGGUGAACGCCCACUACAGUGAAACCUCAGACCCUGGCCUAUCCUUAGUCCUUUUUGCCUUGGUACGCUCCAAUCCGCCUGCCACCAUCACUUUUGUGGACCAGUAUGGACAGCUGGUAGCUAACACCUCAGACUUCCUUGUCUUAGACACACAAAGAUACCCCUGGAUGACCAAUCACUCUCUAAGGGUCAUGCUCAGUAGUCUAUCAGGAAAUAUCUCACUGAAUGCCACCAACAGCGUGGGAACUGUGCAAAGCAACCUCACACUGGCAGAGUUUCUACAGUCUCGAGUUGAGGUGCCCAUGCUGGGAAUUGUGACUGGGGGAGCCAUGGCCUUCAUGGCCCUCCUCAUCCUCAGUCUGAUCGUUCUCUGCCUCAUGCAAAAAAACAAGAGCAAGUCCAUUGAUGAGCCAGUGGAAAUUCUAAUGACCAAGAAAAGUGACUCUGCCAUUCUGAAGGUGGAAAAAACAGAGAAGACCAACAUCCCCAGAGAGAACAUGUCUCUGCCUUCAAACAUGCAGCUCAAUGACCUCAGCACCUUGAGAAAAGCCCGAGAGGCCGCCCAGCAAAACAGUGUGGGAGAGAAGAAAGAGGAAGAGGAGGAGGAAGAUCUGUCUUUAGCCUACGCCGCUAGAGGUUUUGCUAGAUAUCCGAUGGUGGGCUACAUCUACAAGGUGAACAGCACAAGCAGUGAGGAGAUCUGGCUCUGACUGACCUUAAAGUUAUACUGUACAUGCAUGCAAAAUACUUACAACAGUGCUGCUGUCCAAGAGGGAACCCAGAACUACUGCCAGUCAGUCAUUCAACCAGUCAUUAGUCAUCAGGACAAUAAGGAAUCAUCUAAACAUCUGUCUCAGACAAGCUCAUCCUGGAACAUUAAUGUAUCCACAAAUCAAAAUAACAACGAUGUUUUGUCUUUUCUAUGCCAAGUGUUAUACACUGCUUAUGUGUCAUCUUAAUAAUCCUCUUAAUAAGUGUGAACCUUAC